AUGGCAAGAGCAUUGAUUGAGAUUAUGCCUGAAGCUUAUCAUGGCUUAUGUACAUGGCACUUAAUGCAAAAUUGCAUCAAACACUUAGGAAAUUUGAUGAAAGGUGAAUCUCAUUUUCUUAGUGAUUUUAAGAAGUGUAUGUAUGAAUAUGAAAAUGAAGACCAAUUUGACGAAGGUUGGAGAAAUCUUUUAGUAACCUAUGAUGUUAAAGAAAAUAGUUGGUUGCAAAAAGUGUACACUAUAAAGGAGAAGUGGGCAUCAUGUUACAUGAAGAAAGUUUUCACAUUAGGAAUGAGAAGCACUCAACUUAGUGAAAACAUGAAUGCAGGUAUUAAAGGUUUUAUGAAUGUGAACUUGGAUAUAAUCAAAUUUUUUAAGCGCUUUGAGGAUUUUGUAGAAGAAAAACAAAGGAACUCAUAUUCAAAAAUCUUGCAACAAGUGUCUGAGCUUUAUACUCCUAGUAUUUUUGAUCAAUUCCAGCACGAGUAUGAGUUGUUUGAAAAUUGCUAUGUGAAAAACAUUGAUAUACAACCACCUUUAGUUGAUUGUGUUAUUGCCAUGGAAAGUAAUUUGGGUGAGUGGCGAGUGUCACUUGAUUUGGAUAAGAAUUCAAUUUGUUACUCUUGUCGUAAAUUUGAGAGUCUUGACAUACUUUGUUGUCAUUGUUUAAGAGUGAAUGAGUUUAUUGGUAAAGUUAAGGAGUCUACAAGCACUCAUGAUGGUUUGGCACAAGCAAAAGGAUUCAAAAAAAGAGAAGGUAAAAAGAGUUCAAAACGCCCAAAAGGUUGGAUAGAGUCUCAACCUCCCAACAGAAAGAAAAAUGUUGGCUCUAAAGUUUCAAAAAUUCAGGAAAAUAAUAACACUUCAACUCAAUUCGGUGCCAAUAGUUUUACUCAAUUAUUGAUGAGAUAUUAG